GUUUUGUUAGCCAAAUGUCUUGGAAAGAAAAUAAUUAUACAGAAACUGGAGCCGGACAACAUGACGUCGCAACUGCAACCGUCUGUGCUAAAUUUAAUUUGAAGCGUAUUGUUUAUAUGGGAAGUGAAGACGUUCGUCGGCAAGCUUUAAAUAUUUUUCGAAUGAAAUUAUUGGGUGUCACUGUAGUUUCUGUUGGUUCAGGAAAUAAAACAUUAAAAGAUGCUAUUAAGGAAGCAGUGCGUGACUGGAUGACAAAUGUUGCUACUACACAUUAUUUGGUUGGUUCAGCGAUAGGACCACACCCUUUUCUUCAAAUAGCUAUUGGAUUAUUUACUCCCUUUGUGGCCGAUAAAAAUGUUAAAAUAGUUGAGGGAAGCGGCGAUGUGAAUACAAAUAAACAUUCGGUGUCUUGGUGCCCGGGUGCUGGUUUAGAUUAUCCAGGGGUUGGACCAGAGCAUGCAUUUUUGAAAGAUAUUGGUCGUGCUGAAUAUGUCGCGGUCACAGAUGGGUUAUUGAAAAAAGUAUGGAGUUAUAUAGAUGCAUAUGAAGUUGUGGAGAAAUCCAUAGGAGGAUUAAGCUAUGAAAUCGAAAAAUUAAAGGAAUACAAUGAUGAUAACGAUAGUAAUUCUGAUGAUGAUUCAGAAGCUGCUACUACUGCGGCAGCUGAACAACAAGCUCAACAACACCGGCAAUCACCACCACCUUCUAAUAUUAAUACUGAUAAUUAUGAUGAUAUUGUCAAUAAUACACUACAGACGGAUCAAUUCGAGAUAGUACCACAAUCGAAGAUAAUACAGCGCAAUGCUGAUAAUUAUCUUCGACCUAUGGAACGUCUAAAUUAUGAGUCACGCGGUCAUUUAUCAAAAAGAGGACGUGGACGACCACGAAAAAAAAAGCAUAGCAAUGAUAAUGAGGCCAGAAGAAAACAUCUUCGUCUAGAUCUGGAGGAAUGGACAGCGCAAAGAGAUGAGAAUCCUUCAGAUUUGGAGGAAUUGACAGAUUUGGAAUGGACAGCAAAUGAAGAUGAGAAAUUAUUAGCAUUGGUAGACAAUACCAUUAUUAAAGGUUCGAUUAUAUUUCCGUGGAGUGACAUCGCUAAUGACAUCAAAAAUCAUGAUGCCGCAGGUCAACUCAGCAUCGAUGAAAUUCAUGAAAUCAUCAUUGCGUUCGGAAAAGCUGAUGAACGUGCAAUAAAAGCUAGAUUUGACGUGUUAGAAAUCCAUUUCUCACAUGGAUACCUUCUCUCUGGAUUCCUUUCACCAUUAAGCUUAAGAAAAAUUGCAAGCUGCAAUCGUGAAGCAAAAUCGAUUGCUGAAAAAGCAUUAAAAGAGAAUAAUGAAAUAUCUAAAGGAUCUGACGAACUUGUCAGUGAGCUCAAAGCAAAAGCGCUUUCACUCGAGGAACUACUUCAGCUUUCGCGACACACCGACAAACAUUACAAUUACGUAUUGCCGAUCUUGAAGCGAUGA